CUGGGUGCCCUCGGCUCAUUAGUUCCUCGGUCUCUGUCUCCGUGUCAUCAUCCCGCGUGCACGGAGGACAUCCCCGUCUCCGCCAUGUCUCCGUGUCCAGCCGCAGCGCGAGGGCAGCGACGCUGGACAUGAGCUGCAGGUCGCCUUGAUCCGAGGAGAACCCUUUGCGUGGCGGCUCGGUGGCUUCAGGAAGCCAUGCGGGACACGCGCACAGACAGCCAGACUCCCGCUCCAUCCAGGGCGUCGUCGUUUUUGAUCGACAAUCUGCUGGGGACAGGGCAGGACGGGCACGCGUCCGCGUGCAGCAGCAGGCGGACGGAGGCAGAGAGCGUCUCCGACGGGCGGGACUUCAUGGCGCAUCACACCGAGCAGAGCGCGCCGGAGCCCGGCUGCUCCAGCUCCGUGGCCCGGUCCUCCCACAGACACUCCCCGCUGCUGUGGAGCCGCAGGGGCACGGGGAGCACGAGAGCUGUGGAGAGCACCUGCAGUCCAAACAACAUGAAGGAUCACUGCUGCCUCAGUGACCGGGGUUCACCUGCCGUGUCUGAGCCCACGACGGAGGCCAGCGAUGAAACCGACAGGAAAACGGCCGACGGCAGCCUCACGGACGACAACGAGGACGCUCCGAACGCCUCCGACGCACGGUCUGGGCUGGACACGGCGUCCGAGCAGACCUCCAACCGGAAGAAGAAGACUCGCACGGUGUUCAGCCGCAGCCAGGUGUUCCAGCUGGAGUCCACCUUCGACCUGAAGCGGUACCUGAGCAGCUCGGAGAGGGCGGGCUUGGCGGCGUCUCUGCAUCUGACGGAGACUCAGGUGAAGAUCUGGUUUCAGAACCGGAGGAAUAAGUGGAAGAGGCAGCUGACGGCGGAUCUGGAGGCUGCGCACGUCCCAAACUCAACCCAGCGGGUUGUCCGGGUGCCGAUUCUGUACCACGAGUCUGCGCCCACAAUGGGCUUCAACCUGAACGGACAUGCGGUGUGUCCCUCGGUGGUGGGGCUCUCCAGCUCCAUCAGCUGCCCGCUGUCGUCGUUCGCUCACUCCAUGAGCUUCUUACGAUCCCAGAUGAGCAGCUUGGUGUGAAAACUGCAGAAAGUCGCUCAGUUCAAAUGAAUCGUGCAAUAACCUGAAGACCUGCUCCAAAGACAACAUGAAGAAUCAAACAUUUUAAAGCAAUUAUCUUUAUAUUUAUGUUGAGAAAACUCUAUAGAAGUGUGUUUAUUUUAAUCAUAAUCAGGAAAAAAAGGCUGAGGUUGGUCACUUUCUGUUUCAUACACAUAUUUUUGCUAACUUUUCUAUUUAAAGCCACAGAUUUUUGCCAACUUUGUCACUAUUUUCACCAAAUAAAACUAAUAAAAAUAUCAA